UUUAAUCGAUUUAAAAUGCUCAAGCUCUUCAUACCCAGUGUCCUCCUGUUGGUCUCCUGCUCGGCUGUUCCACUCCAGAACAAUGUCGAGCCAUUCAUUAAAAACGGGGAGCUGGCAGAGGUGGGUCAGUUCCCCUACCAGGCAGGUCUGAACAUAUCCUUCGGUGGGAACUUGACCACCUGGUGCGGUGGCACCCUGAUCUCCCAUUAUUGGAUAAUCACUGCUGCCCAUUGCAUGGAUAGCGCGGAAUCAGUUACAGUUUAUCUGGGUGCCAUCAAUAUCCGGGACGAGACUGAGCCGGGUCAGCAGAGGAUUAUGGUGGAGAAGUCAGGGAUCAUUGUCCACUCCAACUACACGGCCAGCACGGUCACCAAUGACAUUUCACUUAUCCGGUUGCCCAUUUUCGUGGCUUUCACGAAACACAUUCGAGCCGCCAGUCUGCCACGUCGUCUGAACGGAUCCUUUCCCACCUACGAUUCCGUGCUAGCAUCCGCCUCCGGCUGGGGCAGGGAUAGUGACGCCUCAGACACUGUCUCCCCCGUGCUGAGGUACGUGGAGAUGCCUGUUAUGCCGAAUGCCGUGUGCCGGAUGUACUGGAGCGGAGCGGUGUCCGAGAAGAUGAUUUGCAUGAGCACGGCCAGCGGCAAGUCCACCUGCCAUGGCGAUUCCGGCGGUCCGCUGGUCUACAGAGAGGGUAGUAUUAGUUACUUGAUUGGAUCCACUUCCUUUGGCACCACCAUGGGCUGUCAGGUGGGUUUUCCGGCUGUCUUUACUCGCAUUAGCAGUUACUUGGACUGGAUCCUCAAUCAUGUCAUCAGCUAAGGCGGCAUCCAUCGGUAUCUUCUUAUAAAUCUGAAUUUAGGAGACUUUUAGUUAUAGAAUAUUUAUAAAAUUAAGUAAGGAAUAAAAUAUAUUACGUAAAUUUUACAAUUAUAACCUUGCAGGGUUAAAGUUUUUUAAGAUUAGUUAUGAUCGAGCACCGAAAUCGAUCCUAAAAUAUAAGCUUCCAAAAUUUUGUUUCCUUUAAAGUUCGUUUCAAAUUGAGUUUUUUGCAAACUGCAGAAACAUUAUCAAUGAACUUUAGAUCUACGAUUUAUUUAAAAUGUAAUGUUGAACAUUAAUCCACCAUUAUCCCGAAAUAAAAACACACGCUUGAAAUUAA